CAAUAAUAAUUGAUCGGGGGUCCAUCCGGCGAAUGUUUGCUUCUCUCCAAUUUGUUCUUUUUAAAACACUUUUUUCCCCUGUAAGAAGCCAGCGAAGCUGACCGCAAGAGCAACAACAAUUCAUUUCGGUUUCCCGUCUGGGCAGAGCCCAAAGGCGGUCAGCUGAUUUGGAGGAGAGGAAGCGAAACUUAACUUUCUCUUUCCUUUCCCGGCGGAGGAGGCGGCGAUGGCGGGUGUACCGUCCUUGCCUGUUUUGCUGGAAGAAGCCACCUGCUCCAUUUGCCUGGACUAUUUCCAGGACCCCGUGCUCAUCCCGGAGUGCGGCCACAACUUCUGCCGGGGCUGCCUGACCCGCAGUUGGGGAACGUCGGAAUCGGAGGCUUCCUGUCCCCAAUGCAAACGGACCUUCGCGCCCCAUAACCUCCUCCCCAACAGGCAGCUGGCGCGGAUUCUGGAAGAGGUCAGGAAAUGCGGCGGCCAUCCGGCCGAGGAAGGAGGGAGCUUCUGCCCGAAGCACCAGGAACCCCUCAAGCUCUUCUGUAAGGACCACCAGACCCUCAUCUGCGUGGUCUGCGACCGAUCCAAAGAGCACAAGGGCCACUCGGUGAUCCCUGUGGAGGAGGCUUUCCUGGAAUACCAGUUCAAGGUUGAGAAUUGCCUGAAGGCUCAGAAGAAGCAGAAAGAAAAAAUAGCUACAUACAAAAGCGACACAGAGCAAAGAGUGCAGGAGAGGCUUGACCUCAUCAAAAAACUGAAAAUAAAUGUAGUGGCUGAAUUCACAGAGCUACAACUCUGGUUAGAAGCACAGGAAAAGCUUCUAUUGAGUGAAAUGGAAGAAACGGAGAAGGACAUUAUGGCAAGAAAGGAGAAGGGUUUGUCCAAGCACAUGGAGGAACUGGGCUCUCUUGACCAUCUCAUCCAGGAGAUAGAAGAGAAGCUUCAGCAGCCAGCCAGCCAACUCUUACAGGAUAUUGGAAGCAUCUUGAAGAAGUACCAGGUUAAGGAAACAUAUGAGAAUCCGGUGGAUUUACUUCUAGAGUCGAACUGGACAAUUCGGAAUUACAGUGAUAUCACUCUGUUUCUGAAAAGUGCCAUGAAAAAAUUGAGAGAUACGCUAGAAACUGGACUUCAACUACAGGAAGAGAAUGUAACUCUGGAUACAGAAACAGCCCAUCCUGACCGCCUUGAUGUCUCGAAAGAUCGCAAAAGUGUCAGAGGAGUUAAGCCAGUUAAAGCAAAAUAUUUUUUCCCAAAUCCGAUGACAUUUGUACUUUAUCCUUGUGUCCUUGGCUGUCAGAAGUUCUCAACUGGGAGACAUUUCUGGGAAGUUAUGGUAGGAGAUACAGCAGAUUGGGGUGUAGGGGUUGCCAGCAAGCCAGUGAACGUAACAAAUGUUGAUAAGCAGACCUGGCGCUGGGAGUUUCAGAAAAGAAGACAGGGAUACAAGGCCAUCUCUCCAUCAAAAUGCUAUGACCUGGUCCUGACUGAGGAGCCCACAAGGAUCCGCAUCUCCCUCAACUGUGAAGAGGGACAAGUCAGCUUUUUUGAUGCCAGCACAGCAACUCUGCUCCAUACAUUUUCAGAUGCUUCCUUGGUUGGAGAGACCCUUCAGCCCUGUUUCUAUUUGAGUAAGGACACCUGCAUGACACUCCCCUAAAAGAAGGGACCUCGAUAGACAAAACUUUGGAAAAAUCCCUACUUGCCACACAGGAAUCUCUGAAAGCCUUUAAAGUGGAGAUUCCUUAGCUUUUUGCUACUACACCUUCUUUUAUUGUACAGUCUAUGCUGCACCAAAUUGCUUGCAGUUCAGUGAUGGGUUUCUAAAAUUUUCACUACUGGCUUGGGCAUGGCUAGGUGGGUGGCAUGUGACUGAGUGGGCGUGGCCAACUCUCAACUAUUCCCACCCAGUCACAUGACCCUCCCCACCAAGCCACACCCACAGGAAAAGGUAGGAAAAUUUUGGGAAUUUCCACCUAUCUACCCCGCCCUCCCUUCGCCAGUCGCCCCCAUUUCCCCUCCUUUGUCAGCCCCAGCCCUACCCCCCAUUUUCCUCUUUCACCACUGCCUCCUUGUU